GGUAAAAAUGAUUGUGAUGCUUUUGAGGGUUUUGAGCCGGAUGGGGGUUAUAGUCAAAUGAAAAUUCGUAAUAUAAUUGCAAAAAUGAUCAUAGCACAUGAGUUACCCUUUUCGUUUGUAGAGUACCACUGGUUUAAUUAUCUAAUGAAGACUAUGAAUCCUCUAUAUGAAAAAGUUAGCAGGUCUACAAUCACUCGAGAUUGCAUAAAAGUUGUAGAUGUAGAAAAAGAGAGGAUAAAGAAAACUUUGAAAAAGGCUGAGAUGGUAUCCCUCACUAGUGACUGUUGGGCAUCUAACCAAACGAUUGGUUACAUGUGUUUAACGGCUCACUUUGUUGAUUGUGAUUGGAAAUUGCAAAAAUGCAUUAUAGGUUUCAAUGAGCUUGCACCACCCCAUAGCGGUGAGGUUAUAUCCGAUGGUAUCUUAGAGUGUCUUAUAAAAUGGGGUAUCCAAGACAAAAUAGGACAGACCCCGGAAGAUGAAUCUCAGGGAACAGGGAAACCGCCUAAUGCAAUGCAUCAGCCAGCUGGCAAGCAGGUCCCUUUUGCACAGCUGCUACCUGUUUUAGAAGCACAGCUUGACAAAGACCAGGCUAUGCAACUCGAGGCCCUAUAUGCUCGAUUAAAGAGUAAUGUCAUAAAUAAAGAAGAAUUUGUCCGGCACACGCGACAACUUGUAGGAGAUCAUACGCUGAAGAUGGCACUACAACAAAGGCAGUCUUCUGGAGACUCUUCAUUGGCAUCCGGAAGUAAUGCAAAGACUUCCCCAAAAAAGCCGACUGUUGGCCAGAAAAAAACGUUAGAAGCACCUGUUUCUUCGCUAAGUAAGAAGCAGAAAGUGUGUGAAGCGUUUUCGGAUCAAAGUAUUGAUCAGCAGCUUAAUGACGUAACUGCUGUCAGCGGAGUGCGUCUAAGGGAAGAAAAAGAUCAAUUGUUUUCUGGGGCCAAAGAGGAUAGCCGAGUUUCAGAAGCUUCUAGAAAGGUUGCUCAAGCACCCCAAAAGAAAUUGGAUGAGAUCAAUGUUUUAACAGCGGCAAAACGUGGUGUAAAGAACCAAAGCAAUGGCGUGGAACGAUGCUUGUCACAGGUAUAUACGUUUUCGACCCCUCAGUCGGAAAUCUCAAGAUUUACCUUUGGAAAAGAUGAGUAGCCUUCCUCCAACUAUCAUACAAACAGUUCUUACCCUUAUGCCAAUGAGAGAUAGAUUCAGGAUAAGUAUAUGUAUGUGGAUGUGUUUAUAUGCAUGUGCAUAUGUAUGUGUGUAUGUGGAUGUGUGUAUAUGUAUAAGUAUGUAUGUGUGUGCAUGAGUGUGUAUUAAUAACUAAAAAAAUAAAACAGUAUUGUUUUUUUGUAUGCAUGUGUUUUUAUAUGAUUUUUAAAUAAUUUUUUAUUCCAAUUAUUUUUUUAGAUCGUCGUGGUUAGGUUAUUAUGUGAUAUUAAUAUGUUACACUAUUUGUUUUUUGUUA